AUGGCCUCUUCCAAUCUCUACAGUGUCCUAGUCAUUCUAGCAAUAUUUUUCCCUUCAAUUUUGGCAACAGAUUAUGUCGUUGGCGACGAUAAAGGUUGGACGAUUAAUUUCGAUUACCAAGCUUGGGCUCAAGAAAAGUUGUUCUAUGUUGGCGACAAUCUUGUUUUUAAUUAUCCAAAAGGAGCCCACACUGUGCUCAAAGUGAAUGGGACUGGCUUUCAGCAAUGUGCAGCUCCAUUAGACAGUGUGCCAUUAACAAGUGGAAAAGAUGUGAUCAACCUCGCAACCCCAGGGAGAAAAUGGUACAUUUGUGGUGUUGGCCAGCACUGUGAAGUGGGGAACCAAAAGCUUGUUAUAACUGUUCUGCCAUCUUCAUCUUCAUCUGCUCCAAGCUCGAGCCCAAGCUCAUGGCCUAGCGCCACGGCUGGGCCAGGUCCCAGUACAUCUGCAGCAACAACUGUUGGAAUAAGAUUUGCUUUGAUAAUGCUUCUUACUAUUGGCUUUCUUUGGCUGCUCAUGACUUGA